ACAGGGCAGCAUAUUUCCAGAAGACAGGACUGACCAAGAAGCAGAAAAAGCAAGAUGAAUGAUGUGAAGCUUGCUGUCUUGGGUGGUGAAGGAACAGGCAAAUCUGCCCUUACAGUGAGGUUUCUUACUAAGCGAUUCAUUGGAGAAUAUGCUUCUAAUUUUGAAUCUAUCUAUAAGAAGCACUUGUGUUUGGAAAGGAAACAACUAAAUCUAGAAAUAUAUGACCCUUGUUCUCAAACACAGAAAGCGAAAUUCUCCCUCACAAGUGAGCUUCACUGGGCAGAUGGGUUUGUUAUUGUGUAUGACAUCAGUGAUAGGUCUUCAUUUGCUUUUGCAAAAGCACUGAUCUACAGAAUCCGGGAGCCACAAACUAGUCAUUGUAAAAGAGCUGUGGAAUCAGCAGUGUUUUUGGUUGGCAACAAACGAGAUCUUUGUCAUGUGCGAGAGGUUGGCUGGGAAGAAGGGCAAAAGCUGGCACUGGAUAACCGAUGCCAAUUUUGUGAACUGUCUGCAGCAGAGCAGUCUCUGGAGGUGGAAAUGAUGUUUAUCAGAAUUAUCAAGGACAUCCUGAUAAACUUCAAACUCAAAGAAAAGAGACGUCCCAGUGGAUCUAAAUCAAUGGCCAAAUUGAUCAAUAAUGUAUUUGGAAAGAGAAGGAAGUCUGUUUAGUAGACAGGUAAUCUUGGCAGUUUUGUUAUAUCAGAGAGUUUCAAACAUUCACAUGAUAAUUAAACUAACCUUUGCAUGCAAUUUUUUUUUUUUUGGUAAAAGGAAUUCUCUUGGAGAUAUGAAAUGAUUGAGUAUGAACCACAGCUGUGUUUUCAAAUAUGCAGUUUGCCCUUUUGGUUGUUGUAUCCUGCUCACUCUCCUUCACACAGAACCUUUCGUUUAUUGUACAACAUUGCACUCACCCUAACCUACUGGCGGACAGCGAUCCCAGUUUGCCUUGCCAAAUAAACUCUGUUUAUGUGAAUUUAUUAAAUGACCAUGCCAUA